CCGAGUGUGCGUGUCACCCUGGAUCCCGCGCACCGGCGGAACCUCCUGUGUUAGGAGGUGAAGAUUGGCUUUGUUGGUCGCACGCACAUCGGAACAUACCGUGAAAAGCAUCAAUCGCGCCAACCACAGAUGCGCUCAGCGUGGCCGGAAAUCGAUGAAACAGUCGCGAAUCUCCUUCCAAGAGCUCUCCAAAUGAGCAACAAAAGGAAAAAUCGUCUGCAAGCUCAACGUGAAUAUGAAAAAUAAUAAUGGAAUUUGUGGAGGCAGCUGAACGUCCCCGCUGAGCUGGGGGGGGGGGGGGCUUUCCCCUUUCAUCUGUUGUUUGGUUAAAAUCAAUUAUUUGAAACGUUAGAUUUUUUUUCGGCUCAAAAUACUUAGAUGGAGAUUUGGACGAAGAAACUAAUAGGCCGGAGAUGUACUUCAAAAGAAAGCAUAAUGCACAAUCAUUGGCGUUUCUCCCUUAUUGGUUAACAUUUGGGACUUUUGAUGUCUUUUUCUGAUUCUUGCCCGACCGUCACUUUCUGUAAGUUCUCCCACCAUAGUUGGUGGAUAUGAGUGACAUUUGAUGCCGGGAGAGAAGAUGCCACCACAAAACGUCUCAGUGUAAGAAGUGACGGGAAAGUGAUUCCUAACUUGCAUUUUAAAAUUCGGGUUGGACCCGUUAAUCUACUGACUGGCACAUUGGCAGCACGCCCAACUUUGAUCGCAGUGAUAACGGUGUAAUGUUUAUCAGUUACAUAUUGUCUUGUCCUCCUGCGAAAUAUACGAGUCACGCAGUCCCGGAACCAGGAGAGGGUUGUCCUCACCCCGUUACCAGUUCGUCCCAAAUCCGGAUCUGGAGACUGAUUUCGGAGCGACGGGAAGGUGUGGUAAAUCGGGAACACAGCCGGCUGGCGCCGGAGUGAUUUGGUAAAAUGACGGACGUGGUGCUGGUCACCCCGAACACCCUCCCCAGCUUGAGUCGGACUUGGGUGGUCUUUCUACAGAGGGUAGCAAAGAGCCUAAUACCUGUGAACUUCUGGAAGGAGGCGAGAGGAUUGUCACUGGUAGCCGGACCGGUGUUUUUGACACAGUUGAUGGUGUUCUGCAUAAGCAUUGUCAGCACUGUAUUCUGCGGACACUUGGGGAAAAUCGAAUUGGAUGCUGUUUCACUUGCUACAACGGUGAUCAACGUUUCGGCUAUCUCUAUUGGUAUGGGGCUGGCCACAACAUGUGACACACUCUUUUCUCAGACACACGGCAGUAAGAAUUUGAAGAGGAUCGGAGUGAUUCUUCAGCGAGGGAUCCUCAUCCUCAUGAUGUUCUGCUUCCCCUGUUGGGCUUUUCUUAUCAACACUGAACACAUCCUGUUGGUGCUCAAGCAGCCUCCUGAAGUGGUCAAGUUAACAACAUUGUACGUGAAGAUAUUCCUACCUGCACUCCCUGCAGUAUUUAUUUAUCAGCUGGAGAUCAAGUACCUUCAAAAUCAGGGAAUAAACAUGCCGCAGGUGCUCACCGGUUUUCUUGCCAACAUUUUCAACGCAGCGGUGAAUUAUGUCUUGAUCUACAAGCUGUCUCUGGGCAUUCGAGGCUCUGCGAUGGCCAAUGUUGCUUCUCAGUACUGCCAGGCCAUCUUCCUGUUCCUCUACAUCCGAUGUCGAAGACUGCACGUGGAGACUUGGGCAGGAUGGUCCCCCGAAUGCCUGCAGGAGUGGGGCAGCUUUGUGCGACUUGCCAUCCCCAGCAUGCUAAUGUUAUGCAUCGAAUGGUGGGGUUAUGAAGUUGGAAUAUUCCUAGCAGGGUUAAUGAACGAGAUCCAGCUCGGGGCCCAGUGCAUCAUCUAUCAGAUUUUAACAGCAGUAUACAUGAUCCCUUUGGGGUUCAGUGUGUCUGCCAGCGUCCACGUGGGUAAUGCGCUGGGUGCCAGACACCCACAGAAGGCUAAAACCCUGGCGAGAGUUGGUCUGCUCUGCACUGGAUCCUGUGCGGCAGUGACCUGUGCGAUUCUGAGUUCAGUCAGCCACGUGCUAGGCUACAUCUUCACCUCUGACAAGGAAAUUAUUUUGCUGGUUGCUGAUGUGUUACCCUUGGUCAUCAUUCACCAGUUAUUCGAUGCUUUGGCUGCUGUGAGCAGUGGAGUGUUGAGAGGGGCAGGGAAACAAGCACUGGGUGCGGUCGUUAACCUAAUUGGGUUCUACCUGAUUGGGUUUCCCAUUGGAAUCCCCAUCAUGUUUGCUGGAAAACUCGGAAUAUUGGGUUACUGGAUAGGAAUUUUGACUUGUACGGCGGUACAGGUUAUUUUCUUUCAGGCAGUGAUUUACAAGUUAAACUGGAACAAGGCGUCAGAUCAGGCUCUGGUUAAUGCGGGCAUAAAGAAAGGCGUGGACUCCACACAAAUGGUUUCAGGUCAAAUGGAAGACAUUUUAACAGACUGUUCAGGAAACAUUGCAGUCAUUGAUGUCAGUUCAGUGGAAGGCACCAUGAGACAUUGGAGAGAGGAACCCUCUGCCCCGAAGAUGACUGUUGGCGCCGAUCAAGAGCUGUUAACCGUGAAGCAGCUGAUCGUACGUCGUGGACUGGCCUUGCUUUCGGCUGCACUGAUACUGGCCGUUGGACUGUUGGUACAUAAUUUAUAGGUCCUGCCGGGCUUCACAAGGGAGAGCAGGGGUCCUGGUUCACUUAAACAGCGUGAGAAACGUCGUGAAAGGCUUUGAUUGACAACUAAAGAGGAUGAAGUUUGCACAGUCUGUGGUUGUUACUGCUGAGUGAUUCCAACCUGACCCCACUGCUUGGUUCAAACAGCCCUCAAUAGUCUGUUAAAUUUCCAUCUACAUACUAUAGCGAGGUCGAUUUUAUUUUCAGUAACUUACACGGCAUCUAAUAAAUGGUCAAAGGUUCAUUUUAUUACCGAAAUAUGUAUGCAGAAUACAACUCUUGAGAUUCGUCUUCUCCAGGCAACCAUGAAAUACAGAAAAACAUGAGAGAGAAAAACAUCAACACCCUCUCCCCCCGGCACAAAAAAAAGAAAGAGAAACAAAAACUCGCAACCCCUCCCUCGCACAAAAGCUAACAGAUUGCCCAGCUGGAAAACUGCAGCGAGAACAUCAAAACUGAACCCUUCCCUUGCAUAAAUCUAACACAUCCCUCCUGGUAACUGCCACCAGGUUUUUAAGGAGAGCGUGGCAGGUUCUUUACGACAUUAACGUUCUGCACUGCCAGGCUCCACCCAAAUUGAAAUGACUCCCCAUCCUAAUUGAGGGUCCUGGCCUGAAACGUUGACUGUUUAUUCCCCUCAUAGACGCUCCCUGACCCGCUGAGUUCCUCCAGCAUUUGUGUGUGCUGCUUUGGAUUUCCACAGUCUCUUGUGUUUAUGACUCCCCACCCUAAUGUCCAAGCUUAUAUUCCACCCAAUAAUGAUUGAGAAAGAUACCCCAAAAUAUCGUUAUCCUAGAUUUGAAGUCCCCCAGACCGCAGUUUGGGUUGAAUUUGAGUGAAAUUAGAUGGCUGUGUGAAACUGAUCAACCUCUGGCAUAUGUGGUGGAACAACCUCGAUGGGAUGAAUGGCCUAAUUCUACUCCUAUGUCUUAUGGUCUUUUCUUAUCUUAAGUAGGAGUGGGUCUCCUGAUCCUCAACAUCCUUUGUUGCAAAUAAACAUUCACAUGGACCAGUGAUGAAAUUGUUCUUUCCUUUGUAUUGAUAAACAUUAUUUAUAAUCUA